UUGUUUCCUGUCCUUGCUCCUGGUGGCAGCUGUGGUUUGGAAGAUUAAGCAGAGUUGCUGGGCAUCGCGACGGAGAGAGCAACUACUGCGUGAGAUGCAACAGAUGGCAAGUCGCCCCUUCGCCUCCAUCAACGUUGCCUUAGAAACAGAUGAAGAACCACCAGAUCUCAUCGGGGGAAGCAUAAAGACUGUACCAAAGCCCAUUGCACUGGAGCCCUGCUUUGGGAACAAAGCAGCCGUUCUCUCCGUGUUCGUGAGGUUGCCUCGAGGACUUGGGGGUAUUCCACCACCAGGACAGUCAGGUCUUGCCGUGGCCAGUGCACUGGUGGACAUUUCACAACAGAUGCCAAUUGCCUACAAAGAGAAAUCGGGCGCCAUCCGGAAUCGGAAACAGCAGCCCCCUGCACAGCCAGGAACCUGUAUUUGAUGCAUGGACAUCAGAAACUGUCUAGGGUUUUAAACAAAAUGGAAAAGGAAUACCGAGGAGGAGAAGGAGGAGGAGGAGGAGCAGAAAGAUUUCCAAGUUGUGUCCCAAGAGACUAGAAGCACUCGGAUAAAAAACACACGACUUCCUUGACCCCGACUUUUUUCUCUCAUCUACGUGCUAGUUGGCUUUAUUUGACAACUGCUCCACUUAAGUUUUACUGACACGUGGCUUCAGAUUGCUCCUUUGUUUUUCUUCAAGUUGAAAGUGAAAUGAUUUCCCUGCAGGAGCGGUGAGAUCCGCCACUGCCGUUCCUGGGCCGUGUAAAUGGAACAGUAGUCCAAUAUGAAUGACACUCAGGUUUCUACAUGGAAAGUGCUUUGUAGUUCAUGUAUUUAUCAAACUGUACAAAAA